AUGAGACUUGCUUAUAUUUGUAAUGCACUGGCGUUGGUGACUGCAAGCAUGGGAAACGAUUGGAACUGGCGUCCAAAACGUGCAGCCUCGCCCAGCAUCGGCGAGUUUAUGCGCGCUCGGCGGAACUUCCUUGAGCAGCUUAACUUUCCAGUACCACAACGUCGCCAAUUCUCGCCUGAUUGGACUGGAGGAUUCGCACGGCAAGCGCGUUACCGACUACCCACUGGCUAUGGCCGUGGAACUCACCUGCGCAAACGGGCCUUUCCCACAGUCAGCCUCCCGGUGCUGGAGGCACUGGCACGUCGCUCCUGGUACUCGGGAAUCUGA